AUGGCAAAAGUAAAGGGUCAAAAGGGAACUGGUGGGGGAGCCAAUAGCCAUUUACGUGCGCGGCUAAGCUACCUCUAUAACGCCGCGAUUUACUUGCAAAAUGCUGCAAAGCAAUCCAAAAAUGACGACAUUGAUAAUACGGGGAAUAGCGGAGAGGUCAAAAUGAUGUCAACCCCAUCGCGCAUUGUGCCGCAUGUUAUGGACUCUAGCACUGUUUCUGGAAAAGAUUCGCUCUGCGGUAGCGGGACUGAAAAGUCUGGUGUACCCCUCCCUCAGAUCUCCCGUGUAUGCAUCUCUCAAAUGCGCGGGGUGUCGUUGAAAUCGCAGCUUCGACUACCCAUUGAACAGAAGAGGUCAUUUUGCAAACGCUGCGACACUCUCUUGAUUACUGGCGCCAACUGUACGCAAGAGAUCAGAAAUGCAAGUCGAGGAGCCAAGAAACCAUGGGCUGAUGUACGGAUUGUUCGGUGUAACACCUGCGGCACUGAAAAGCGUUUCCCUCAAACUGAGAGGCGGAGCAAAAAGCUUUCACAACGCAAGAAAGAACAGAAAGAACAGAAAUCAUCUGAACAAGGGCAUCCAGCAGCCCCCGCUUGA